AUGUUUGAAAUAGAGCAGAGGAGUCUAGCCUUUGAGCCUACCCCCGCCCCGUACACAUCAUCAAAUGGCACGCAGAAACGACCUUCUCCGCCUCCGGCCCUGCCAUCUCAUACGCUCAAGCGGAGUCUGGGAUCAGCCGACCCUCCUGAAGCCAAGCGCAUCAGCAGGCAGCCGAGCCCAGCUACCCCAACCUCUUCGCCCACACCUUGGUCACAGCCACUGCCUCGACGGCCGUCAAAUCAUGUGCAUCAAACGGAUGAACUGGAGGUUGUGGAUUUGACCCAGUCUGGUCCACCCACGCCACAACGAUCCGCUCCGCUACCUGCGCACGAUCAGGCAUACUCUGACCCAUUCGCAGAACUGCACAAUGCCUUCCAGGGACCAUAUGGCAAUGGCGGUUUGAUAUCGGCGGCUACUGUGAACCCGUAUUACAUGUCUGUACCAGACCUUGCAGAGUUCAUGGUUGCGCCGACCACACCUAGCAAUGGCCCAGGAUACCAACAGCCACAUGUGUUUCAGCACGGUUUUCCUCCCAACCAUAUAGCCGCUCCCUACAGGGCGCCAGUCGAUAGUGAUGGCGAUGACUAUAGCAGCUUUCCAAUGAAUGCGGCAGAGGCCGACGCUAUCGAGAAGCUCUUUGAGAAUGUCAAGGAGGAUGGCGAGAAGGCGGAAGAACGAGAGCCAACGCCUGCCAUCAUGACCUGUACCCUCAAGGAGUAUCAGCGCAUCGGCCUGACAUGGCUCCUUAAAAUGGAACGUGGCCCCACCAAAGGCGGUAUCCUAGCCGAUGAAAUGGGCUUGGGCAAGACGAUACAAGCUCUUUCGCUCCUAUGCGCAAAUCCGUCCAAGAACCCAGCAUGUAAAACCACGCUCAUCAUUGCGCCUGUGGCUCUUAUGCGGCAAUGGGAGAAGGAAAUCGAGCGACACGUGCACCCGAAUCACAAGCUUAGUGUCUAUCUCUAUCAUGGCACUGGCAAGAAUGUCGACUUUGCCCGACUCCGUCAGUUUGACGUUGUGCUGACAACUUUUGGAUGCCUUACCGCUGAGUACAAUCAGAAAGAGUCUCGGAAAGAGUCGAUGCUGUACGAGCAAGAGCAGCGCACCCCUGCCAUGAGCCGCAAACCCAAAGACAAGCUGGCGUUGCUGGGGCCCGAAUGCAUGUGGUAUCGCGUCGUUAUUGACGAGGCUCACAACAUUAAGAACCGCAACGCCAAAUCAUCAAAAGCCUGUGCGGAUCUCAUGGCUCGCCACCGCUUGUGCAUGACUGGAACGCCCAUGAUGAAUAGUAUUGACGAGUUAUACCCAUUGAUUGGAUUCCUCAAGGUGGAACCUUACUGCACAUGGACAAAGUUCAGCAUGGAGAUUGCUAGGCCCGUCAAGAAUGCCAAUCGCUUUGCAAAGGGUCGCGCAAUGAACCGUAUUCGUAUUCUGCUGAGGUCUAUCAUGCUGCGGCGGCAAAAGGACUCCAAAGUGGACGGUCAACCAAUCUCCAAGAUCCCACCCAAGCAUACCGCCGUGGACAAUGUCGAGUUUAGCGACGACGAGUUUGGAUUGUACCGUGCUUUGGAGACCAAGUCGCAGAUUCAGAUGAACAAGUAUAUUGAGAAGAAUGCUAUUCCAGCCAACUACGCAAACGUCUUGACCCUGUUGCUUCGGCUGCGUCAGGCCUGUUGCCAUCCACAGCUUAUCAAAGACCUCAGCCAACCAGCAACCGACGGCAUUGCUGAGGAUGACCUUUUGGCCCGUGCAGAGGAGCUCAGCGUUGAUGUGGUCCUCCGACUGAAGGAACCCGACUCAUUCGAGUGUCCCAUCUGUCUCGAGGCCGAUCCCAACCCAACCAUCAUUAUUCCGUGUGGCCACACGGUCUGUGGAGAAUGUGUGCAGAAGCUCAUUGAUCCCGCAAUGCCAGCAGCACAGGAUGGCAAUGACGAGACCACUAUACCUAGAUGUCCACAUUGCCGCGGCGAGUUGAAGGCCAAGUUGAUCACCGACUACAAGCACUUUUGCAAGGUCCAUUGCCCUGAGCGACUCGGAUCGGCCGAGUUGGAGGACGAGGUUGAAGAGGAUGCUACAGACGAGUCUGAUGCCGAGGAUGACGAUGACGAUGUCGAUGAAAAGGGCAACCUAGCUGGGUUCGUUGUUGACGACGAUGAGGAUGAGUACGAGCCGGGCAAUGCCAAGAACAAGGAUGACGACGACUCUCCGCCUGAAGCUAAGCCUAAAGCUAUAAAGUCGAAGAAGCGGAGCAAAGGCAAGAGGAAGGGCAAGGGCAAGGGCAAAGCGCGUGCCAAGCCGAGUGUGACUCUUGCCCAGCUGAAGAAAGAGUCGCUCCGCAACAAAACCGCCAAAAAGCGCUAUCUCCGCCAUCUAGACAAGACCUAUGUUCCCUCAGCCAAGAUUGACCGAACCAUCCAGCUCCUCCAGGACAUCCGCACCAACGACCCAACCGAAAAGACUCUUGUCUUUUCCCAAUUCACUUCACUCCUCGACCUCAUCGAAGUGCCUCUGAACCGCGAGCACAUCCGCUACCAGCGCUACGACGGCAGCAUGAAGAUGGACCAGCGCGCCGACGCCGUCAGCGCCUUCAUGGACGACCCCACGGAAAACGUACUCCUCGUGUCCCUCAAAGCCGGCAACGCAGGCCUCAACCUCUGGAAAGCAUCCCAAGUCAUCAUCCUCGACCCCUUCUGGAACCCCUUCAUCGAAGACCAGGCUGUCGACCGCGCGCACCGCAUGCCGCAAACCCGCCACGUCCAUGUCCAUCGCGUGCUCGUGCCCGAGACGGUCGAAGAUCGCAUUACGAGUUUGCAGGAUUCUAAACGGGAAAUCAUCGGUGCUGCGCUGGAUGAAAAUGAGUCGAAGAAUUUGACGCGUUUGAAUUUGAGGGAACUCAAGUUUUUGUUUGGCAUGCAUUAG